GGUAAACAAUGAUGUAUAAUGGUUUUUCAGAACCAUGAACACUUUACACUGUGUAAACAGACCUUGAAUCGUUCGCAACGUUCAUCAGAGCUGAAUAAAUAUGAAGCCCACUGAAUAUGAAGGUACGAUGGCCUCAGCGAUUUUGGUGACGGGAGGUGCUGGGUACGUUGGCUCCCACACGGUAGCCUCGAUCCUGGAAAAAGAGACAGAUCCGGAUUUUGAAAUAGUAGUUGUAGACAACCUCACCAAUGCGUACAGGGCGGAAGGUCAAAAGAAACCAGAAGCGAUCAGAAUUAUCGAGGAGUUGACCAAUAAGAGGAUUACUUUUUACGAAUUAGAUCUUAGCGAUAAACAGGGAUUGAGUAAGAUUUUUGAAAAGCAUAACAUACAAUGCGUGAUACACUUCGCUGCGCUGAAGGCUGUCGGGGAGUCUGUACAGAAACCAUUGGAGUACUACCUGGCUAACAUAACUGGAACAUGCACACUACUAGAGGUAAUGCGCAGUUAUUUCGUUUUCAAACUAGUGUACAGCUCGUCUUGCACUGUGUAUGGGGAGCCCGAGCGACUUCCCAUCGACGAGGGUCACGAAACAGGCCGCGGACUCACCAGCCCCUACGGCAAGUCCAAGUACUUCUGUGAAGAAAUCAUGAAGGAUUUAUGCACUAGUGAUCAGAGAUGGAAGAUAAUAUCGUUGCGUUACUUCAACCCCGUGGGGGCACACCGCAGCGGUCGCAUUGGUGAGGACCCCGCCGGUAUACCCAACAACCUUAUGCCUUACAUAGCACAGGUGGCUGUAGGCCGUCUCCCCGAGCUAAUGGUGUUUGGUAACGACUACCCGACGGUAGAUGGCACUGGGGUGCGGGACUACAUUCACGUAGAAGACUUGGCUGAAGGCCACGUGAAGGCUGUAAGGUUGUUCCAGCAACCAGGGUUCAGUGGCUUCCAUGCUGUUAAUCUUGGCACGGGCACAGGCUACUCAGUUCUCCAAAUGAUAGAAGCAUUCAAGACUGCCAGUGGGCGUGACAUCCCCUACCGCAUCGUGGGCCGGAGGGCUGGCGACAUAGCGGCUAACUAUGCAGACGUUUCCCUCUCACACCGCCUCCUCGGCUGGAGGGCGACGAGGACACUUGAGGACAUGUGUACAGAUACUUGGAGGUGGCAAAGCAAUAACCCUGAGGGAUUCAAGCGUAGUUAAAACAAUUUUAGAGGGCUGGCUUUGGUAAGUUGCGUCAAAUACUUAAAAGGAAUAGUCAGUUAAAUAGUGAUUUGAUUUGAAACUUAAUGUUUAGGAAAUAAAGUUAAAAAUCAAUUAAAGAGAUAUUUAAAGAUAAAAGGAAUACUAA